CACCAGCAGAAGGCUGUUACGCGCGGAUCCCAAGCUUACACUCAGUACGGCGGCAAACGUCCCUUUGGCGUUUCUCUUCUCUACAUGGGCUGGGACAAUAAGUACGGCUAUCAGCUGUACCAGUCUGAUCCCAGCGGCAACUACGGUGGCUGGAAGGCUACUUGCAUUGGCAAUAACUUCGGCGCUGCCAUAUCCAUGCUGAAACAGGAACUGGCCGACAAACCAUCCAUUAAGCUAGAGGAGGCGAAAGAUCUGGCCGUAAAGGUGCUAAGCAUGACUCUAGACACCACUAAGCUGACUCCAGAAAAGGUUGAGAUGGCCACCCUGCAGCGCGUCAAGAAUACCACCGUCUACAGUGUGCUGGAUAAGCCCGAUGUGGAGAAGCUGAUCGAAAAGUACAAUAAACUGCAGGCCGAAACCGAAGCCGCCAAGAAGGAGAAGCAGGCCAAACAACCCAAGUCUUAGGUUCAAUGGUAGACAGCUACAUACAUACUAUACCCAAAUUACUUUUGUGCGAUCCUUAUUUUGUAUUUGAAGAACGAGAAAUAAAAUUUCAAAACUGAAUGCGGUCAUGGUGAUCAUAAAA